AUUGAAUCCUUUAAGAUUCCAUAUUUUUCUAUACCGGCUUCUCUCCUCCCACUCCCACUCCCACUCCCACUCCUCCCAUUCUGCAACCCCAUCCCUUCUUUCCUUCCUCUCCUCUUUCUCCAUCCACCCCUGGUACUCCGCUCUCUCGCCCCACCGGAGGCCGAACAGGAGGCGCGGGCCCCGCAGCCCAUGGCCACCGCCGCCCAGCAACCGCCGUCGCUGGUCUUUGACGCCGCCGUCCUCAGCCAGCGGCCGGACAUUCCGGUCGAGUUCGUCUGGCCGGAGGAGGACAAGCCCACCCCGGACGCCGCCGAGGAGCUGUCCGUCCCCCUGAUCGACCUCGGCGACUUCCUCUCCGGCGACCCCGCCGCCGUGGCCGACGUUUCCCGACUCGUCGGCGAGGCGUGCAGUCGGCACGGCUUCUUCCACGUCGUCAACCACGGCAUCCCCUCGGCGCUCUUCGCCAAGGCCCACCGCUGCGUCGAUGGCUUCUUCUCGAUGCCGCUCGCCGAGAAGCAGAGGGCCCAGCGAAAGCCCGGGGAGAGCUGCGGCUACGCUAGCAGCUUUACCGGGAGAUUCGCUAAUCGGCUCCCAUGGAAGGAGACCCUUUCUUUUCGCUUCUCCUCCUCUCCUCUCUCCCCAAAUAUCGUGCAGGACUACUUCGUCCGCACUCUUGGCGAAGAUUUCCUGCACUUUGGCACGGUGUACCAAGACUACUGCAAUGCGAUGAGCAAGCUGUCAUUGGCGAUAAUGGAGAUUAUCGGGACGAGUCUGGGGGUGGGGCGGGCAUAUUAUCGGGAGUUCUUCGAAGGGAAUGAUUCGAUAAUGAGGCUGAACUACUACCCACCGUGCCAGAAGCCGGACCUGGCCCUCGGCACCGGUCCCCAUUGCGACCCCACCUCCCUGACCAUCCUCCACCAGGACGACGUCGGCGGCCUUCAGGUGUUCACCGACGGCAAGUGGCGCACUGUCAGCCCCAAACCGGAUGCCCUUGUUGUCAACAUCGGUGACACCUUCAUGGCGUUGUCGAAUGGGAGGUACAAGAGCUGUCUGCACCGGGCGGUGGUGAACAGCAAGGUGGCGAGGAAGUCUUUUGCCUUCUUUCUGAGCCCGGAGAUGAACAAAAUAGUGCGGCCGCCGGUGGGGCUGGUGGACGCGGAGCACCCGAGGGCCUACCCGGACUUCACGUGGUCGGCGCUGCUCGAGUUCACCCAGAAGCACUACCGGGCCGAUAUGAACACCCUCGACGCCUUCACCAAGUGGAUGAUGCUCCAGGCCGAGGGGCCCGUGCCGCAGUGAUGACACGGCUGGGGGAUUUUUCUAUCAAUUUUUUAAGUCAUUAAACCUCUUGGAUUUAACUAGCUAGCUAGCUUAUAGGGGGUCGGAUACAGAGGAAGGUUAUGGUGUGAAGGAAUAAUGAGGCUAGGGAAUGAAAUAAAAGUAAAAGGAGGAAGUGAAACGUACGCUUGUUUCCAACUCUCAUCGGAGCCAGCCACUGUUAAUACCACUGUGAAGUAAAUUGCCCGUAAAGGCCAGCACAUCUCUUGUCA